UUUCGUUCGAGACAGCACUGACGUUGGUCAUGUUUAGGAAGUUGAGACCCCGUAAUGUGAGAUCUUUGGAGUUAAAUCAGUUAAAUUAGUUGAAUCUACUAAUUUAGUGCCAGUGAGUGAGAUAAACGUGCGUUUUUGGCGAAAAAAUCGCAAGAACAUACAUAAAAUCAUAACGAAGUUAUCUAUCAAUCAAAAAGCAGUUGGUUGCAAUCAGGCGAAGUAAUUCAACAGCCUACUGCGUUUCAAAUGAAGUGAACAUACAGAAAAAAAACGCUUUAAGUGUGUGUGAGGGUCGUUAGUACACAUACAGAGAGUGAAGAGAAGUGUUCCCCAACGGUGGUGGUUCCUGACGUAUAUAGCGCUAGCAUCGUCAUCAGUUGGUCGUCGAUCGUAGACCAGAGUGCCUCGCAAGCGUGUCGCACGUUUUCACGAAUUUGAAAAGAGAAUAUAAACAGCAGUAGUGAGAGUGAGAGAGCGUCAGUGAAGAAGAGAUUCGCGACGACGAAGGCAGAGUUGAAUGGUUACGAAGAAGCUUUAAGUGAUGUGCGGUUAGUGCCCGUUUUUGGAUUACCCAUGAUUGGAUUACGCAAAUACUUGGAUUACUGAGGAUUAUUCUGAAUGGUUCGCCAGCUGGCUACAGUUAAAAAGGAUAUAACUGCAAUGGCUACUGAUACAACCAAAUCCGGCAAAAUCACUACGGUGGUCAGUGGACCGGAAUCGCCGUACAAACCUAGCAAGGUCCUGCUCAGCUCGGUCAAUCCUUACAUCACUUGUAAUCUGUGCAAAGGUUACCUGAUUGAUGCAACAACUAUUGUCGAGUGUCUACAUUCAUUUUGCCAUAGCUGCAUUAUGAAACACUUGCGUGCGGAGCAGUACUGUCCACAGUGUGAGAUGAUGAUAAACAAAGCGAAGCCGAACAUCAAACCGGACGCUACCCUGCAGUCUAUCGUGUACAAACUGGUUCCGGGGCUGUACGAGAAGGAAUUGCUCCGGAAGCGAGCCUUCUACCGGCAGCACCCGGAAAAGGCCGCCCUGACGACGCCGGAACAGCGCGGAGAAGACACCGAGCAUCUCAUCUUCGGACCCAGCGACAUGUUCUCGCUCACCCUGGAGUACGCCGACCGGGAGCUCGCCGGCGACAACGAAGAGCUUCUCAAGCCGAAAAUUCUCAAAUGCCCGGCCGUCUUUACGAUUGCCAACCUGAAGAAGUUCAUCGUCAACAAGUACAACAUUCCGACGCACCACUUCUACGUGGAAAUCAUGUACAAAGUGCAAACAAUUACCCUGCCGGACCACUACACCCUGAUGGAUGUGGCCUAUAUCUACACGUGGAAAAAGGAUGCCCACAUGCGAUUCUUCUACCGCAUCAGAACGCACGAGAUGAAAUCGGUGGAGCUGCCGGAGGUUCCCUUGCGGCGAUCGCCGAGCCUCUCAACCGGCCGCAGCAGCACCUCGCUGACGACCAUCAAAGAGGAGGAUACCGACUGCAAGGAAAACUUGGACCUCAUCAAACCAAGUGACAUUAAACGCGAAGAGCCGAGCUUGGUGGAAUGUGAUAACAAAGGUACUGAAUCCACCAACACCACCACCAUCGUGACCGCUGCUCCGGCUUUCGUGACCGUGCCAGUUUCGUUGGUGCCAACGACAACCAAACCAAUGUCGCCGCCGAAAACGACAACGACGAGCACGCCGGCGAUGAAAAGCGCUGCUGCCCCCAUUCGCUGUGGUAUGAGUGAGCCCGCGUUGGAAGUGAAACCCAAUGUGGCCACGCUCGGAAGACAACAGCCGCAGCAGCAGCAGCAGCAGCAACAACAACAACAAGUGGAGAAUGCUGAACAGCCCAAAGUGAAGAAGAAUGAAUCGAUAAAGCUCAAAAUAGAAAUGAACAAAAACACUUAUGUCAGUAUCCUGCAAAGCCCUCAGCCGGAUCCUGGCAGCAAGCACCACAAAUCGGACAAGGGAGAGAAGGUUAAGAAGAAGAAAUCCGAAGACAAGGACAAGAGUGUCAAUAAGAUUAAAUCGACCAGUGAUCUCAAGAUUAAGAUAGAAAAAGUGAAAGACGGACUAGUCAGUGUAAAGAAGGAUGGCAAGAGCAGUAAAAAGGCUCCCUACAAGGUGGAACUCAGUGGACUCAGUGAUGUGAAGAAUAAUAACCAUAAAAGUGCCGAUAAUGAGUAUGACAGUAAAAAGGCGAAGAAAGAAGCAAAACUAAUGGACAAAAGUGCGAAAAAAGUGAAAUCUCCCAAAAGAAAUCUGGAUUUGGAAAAAGUGCAACCAUCCAUUGUUCUGAAAAUUGAUCAAAAAAGUCCAGAGUUAUCGACAUCAACGUUGAAAAUGGUAUCUCUGCCUUUGGCGUCCUCUUCGCCGAAACACAAAACCGAAAAUACAUUGGAAGAUGAAAAGUCGCAGUUCCUGAAUUCGUUUGAGCUCACACCAAUCAAAUCAGUGCAAGGCAAUAAAUCAGGAUCGGUGACAAGUUCUCCGGGGUCCAACUCAUCUUCCCCUCCGAGUUCAUCAAGUAUCGAAAUCAAACACAGUAAGCGGAAGAACAAGGAAGCACCUUCAGGUCGCAAUGUUCUCAAAAAACCUAAGCUUUCCGAUGAUGAGAUGAAGGCGCUGGUAGAAAGAACUGUGCAGCAGACCAAGUCGUCUACAUCAGAGCACAUGGCCUCACUAACAACUCCUGUAAAGACUGUCAAAAAAGAGCUGGAAAGUCCACCAGCAGCGGUCCCGGUUACAAUGCCAGUCCAGCCCCUGCCUAUUAAAAUCGAAAAUUCAAUCAAAGACGUUCAAAAAGCAGAACAAAAUCCAAAACUAUGUGAAAUGAAAGCACCACUGGUGCUCCCUCCUCCAGUGGUCUCUGCGAACAAUAUUCCAGCUCCAAAACCUGCUCAACCUGUGAUGAUUGCUCCGAAACCUACCGCCGACGCCCCUUCAAAGCGACCUGCAGUGCCUUCGAUGCCUAAACCAAUACAACCAACGAAGAAACUACCUCCCCUUCUGCCGAAAGAUCUCGACUACAUGAGAAACAACAAGCAGAAGCAAUUGGAAAUGAAACGCCCUCACCACCCAUCCACCAUCAAUCUGACCAUAUCCCCGAACAAAGACACGGAAAUUAGUCAAAUCAAGCCGGAAGAUGCCAAGAAAAACAUCAAAGUGUACGGUCCACCCUCGGACAACGAUAAUUUUGCCAUCCCGGCUGCUGUGCCACCAAUGUCAAAGCCAAAACCAAACAAGAACCGGCCAAUGAAUUUCCUGAAUUAUGCCUUGCACAACGCCAACAAAGCACCGGCUGGCUCACGGACGCCAAUACCUUCCUACUCCAAUUCCCCAAGCUACUCGCCGGAUUCGCCUCAAUACAAUCCCAAUUUCAACAUUUCCACAAAGCAGUACAAGUACGCUAACCCUCUUGCAUAUGCUAAUUUUGUACAAAAUAUGCUGAAUGACCGCAAGAGCAGCAAUGUUUCACCUCCAUCUGUGCCGGAGAAGAAACCUGAGCAGCAAAACGAACGAAAGCGGCCUUGCCCUAGUCCGGAAAACAAGCAAGAACCUCCGGAAAAACAGCCAAAGGUUCAGUCGCUGUUGAAUCAAAUCAAUAUUCCUUCCUCUCUGUCUAUCACCUUGGCGACGGAGGAGGACGAAGCCGCUCGGGAGAAGGCACGAAAAAGUCUACCGGAAGAGGACAAAAACUACAUCGAAAUCCUGAAGCUGCCGGAAAUUUCCAUUACGGAAGCCGACCGAACAACGCCACCGAAAACGCAGGAGGGCUCUCAAAAGAAACCCGUCAAAAGUUUGAGCCCGACCAAAGCCGAUACACUGAAAGCGUUAACCGAAGCGAGAAAAGUCAGUGAAAUGGAUAAAUCCUCAUUCCAGGAUUCGUUCAUUCAAUCGAUUAAAGGCAAAGUGGAAAAACAGCGACCCAACAAGGCUGGCAACAAGCCAGAAAAGCAACCCUCUCCGGUGUUUACCCCUCCGGCAUCUGUGCCAAACAACAACGCAUUCAAGCUUCCAAAUGCAACCGUCCUCAGCAAUGGCAUUGUGAAGCUCAACUCCUAUCCCGAGCUAGAUCUCAUCAACAAGAACAGUGGAAACCAAACCCCACGGCCCAUGCCUUCCCCGCCGAAGCCGAUCGCCUCGAAACACGUCCCAAUUGCACCGAAACCAACUGGAACAUUCUUUCCGCCAACCGGAACCCCCUCCAUGCCCGCCCCAAUCCAUCAUCGUAAGAGCAUGUCACCUCCAGUUCCGAAGCCUUCCGUCUCCCCAGUGCAACCCAAAUCGAAAACCCCGCCGAUUGUAUCCUCAACAUCUCCAUCGCACGCUGCGCUCGCCUCCAUGGGCCCUAUGUUCGGGCUACAUCCAUCCGGUUUUCACCAACCCAAAAAAUCGGAACCCAAACCGAGAAAAUCCUCGCAGAAAUCUCCAAAACCGAAUGCCAAUGUGGCCACCCCUCCGAUGGUGGACAAAUCCAAGGAAGCAACUAUGAACAUGCUGAUGAUGAACAACAACCUUAGCAACGCGCAAAAGUUCAUUAUGGCCAACUACAACAACGGGAUGAUGGUGCCCCCGAUGGCAGCUAACCCGCUCCUCAAUCAAAUGUUGCAAGCCUCCUUUUACCUGCAGUGGAACCGAAUGGCAAAUCAGCAAGCCAACAAUGACAGCCUGGAUAAAUGAGACAUGCUGCUGCCACCGCAGUCGCCUGCUCGAGAAACGAUUGUGAUAGAUAUUCCCUAGCCGCCCGAACGGAACCGAAACAGCGCCCAACAAUGCGCGAUCCGCUAUACGGAACGGUGGCAGUCAAUCCGUGAGCCCAUUAUUUAUCGGAUUGUUAAGACGGGACGACGAGUCGUACGAAAAUUGAAAUCUCACGCUGCCGGCCUGCCACCAACGUGUCUUUCCGCGCCGAGUGGAGAAACGACCGAAAGCAAACACCGCACCGUCGCCAGCCGAUACAAACACACAUCAUGUAUACGCUUGAACCGUAGAAACGUUUUCCCUUCGUCGUACAUGCCGGCGCACUCAAUGUUUUUGUAAUCAUGUAAAUAUGUGUUAGUUCGUAAGCCCAACGCAGAGUGUAGGAUACAGCUGUUUGUGUGAAACGAGAUACCGCUUCAAUCGAAUCGGGCUAAAAGCCUCGACACGAAAAUUGUAAGCAAACUUAGAAAAGAAAAGAAAAAAAAACACGUGAGUUUGUUGCCUUGCGGUUUUACGAGGGAAUUCGUCCGCACGAGAGUCAGAGAGCAAGCAAAUGCAUUAAUGUCGAGAGUUAUAUGCUCGCAUAUCUUUGACACAUCCUUCGGUUCAAUUUUCAAUCAACAUCUCUCAGUCGUGGAUUACGUUAGGGCGUAGAUAAGAGGCAUUUAUUGUUGUUGUUUCGCAAGCAAACGUCGAAGGUCCACUAAGAGCCAGUCAGGUACAGGCUUGAACAUUACGGUAGUGCUUUCUUCUUGCACACGUUUUCGUUGAGAUGUUUGACAUUGAGGCCUUCGCGCUGAGUUGUACUGAGGCUGGAAGUUAUAGGGUAACUGUUCCGGUACUUCAUCUUAUAGGUCCCAUUAUCACAACGAAGAAAUGAAAAGCAGUUUGAUUUGUUUCCUAUCUCUGUGAUUUUUCCAAAAGUGAGUGCAUGUUAGAGAAAAGAACCGAUGAGAGCGGUGCUGUAUUUAUUUCAUUCGAGAUGAUAUAAAUCUGUUACAGUGAGUUGGAACUACGAACAGAUCCCCUACUACGAAAAGAUAGAAACGGUUUGCACAAAAAGCGGAAAACGAAACAUCUGAGAGUGUGACUGUUGAUUUUCAAAGAAAUUUGUAAUAUAGCCUGUCAAUAACGAAGAAUUGUAAAUAAGUCAUUAAAGUCUGUUAAUUAUGGCAUUAUGUUGUAUUUAUUUUUGUUUUUAUUUUGUUACUAUCUAAUGUCAAUGUGGUGAACGAAACAAAUGAAGGUCAGUUUCAGCAAAGUAUCCUUGUGUACAGAAACGUGAUGGAGUCAUGUGUGUAAAAAUCCUUUUAGGCUAUGUAUAUUUUGUCAUAAAGUUCAGAAAACAAUACAAAUUAUUGAAACAAAAAACAAA